AUGGCAAUUCUCGACCCCGAAGCUGAUGCAGUAACAAAACAAGCAACAAGUAAUGAAGCAAAGCAUCGUCAACUAGCAAAUGCUGGGUAUCAACACGUGGAAGGCGCUCCAGCUCCAUUACCAUUGGACUUGCCACAUUUUACAUUACGUGAAUUACGUGCUGCUAUACCGAAACAUUGUUUUGAACGCUCCUUCUUGACUUCAAGUUACUACUUGAUGACGAAUCUUGGUAUUUGUACAGGACUUUUCUAUCUCGCAAGUUAUGUGGAUCAACUGGGACUGAUUGCGUACAUUCUAUGGCCAAUCUAUUGGUUCUUUCAGGGCAGUUAUUUGACAGGACUAUGGGUUAUUGCACAUGAAUGUGGACAUCAGGCCUAUUGUUCCAGUGAGAUGAUUAAUAAUACCAUUGGUCUCAUUCUUCACUCGGCACUUCUUGUGCCAUAUCAUAGUUGGCGUAUUUCUCACCGUCAACAUCAUUCCAAUACAGGCAGUUGUGAACACGACGAGGUCUUUGUACCGUCCACUCGGUCAGCUAUUUCUACAACGUGGGAUGAAACACUUGAAGAUUCGCCGUGCUAUCAGCUCUAUCGUAUUCUAUACAUGCUGAUUGUUGGUUGGAUGCCUGGUUAUCUCUUUUUUAAUGCGACUGGACCGACCAAGUAUUGGGGCAAAGCACGUAGUCAUUUUAAUCCCUACUCGGCUAUUUAUUCUGAUCGUGAACGCUGGAUGAUUGUAUUGAGUGAUGUCUCUCUUGUACUCAUGCUUUCGAUCCUCGUUGUGCUCGUGCAGACGUUUUCGUUCUAUAUGAUGUUAAAGUUUUAUAUUGUACCGUACUUUAUCGUGAAUGCUUAUCUCGUACUCAUUACGUUCCUACAACAUACGGACACAUACAUUCCACACUUUCGAGAGAGUGAAUGGAAUUGGUUACGUGGUGCUAUGUGUACGGUCGAUCGCUCAUUUGGCUCGUAUUUGGACUCGGUCGUGCAUCAUAUUGUGGACACGCACGUAUGCCACCACGUGUUUUCUAAAAUGCCGUUUUAUCAUUGUGAGGAGGCUACAAAGGCUAUUAAGCCAUUACUGGGCAAGUUUUACCUCAAGGACACCACGUCUGUUCCACUGGCGGUCUGGAGAGCAUACACACACUGCAAGUUUGUCGAGGACAAUGGGAACAUUGUUUUCUACAAGAACAAGCUGUAA